AUGAGCAUGACGGGCCGCACGCGCUGCAGCCAGGCGUGUGAAGAGUGCAAGCGCCGCAAAGAGCGCUGCGAUGGAAAGUUCCCGUGCAUGUUGUGCGUCCGGCGCGGCAGAAUCGAAGCGUGCCAUUAUAUCCAGAGCCAGAGCCAGGCGCAUAAUGGGCCAAGAGUCCAGAAACGACGUCGGUCUACCACCGUCACCACCACCACCACCAUCACCAACAUCCACGCCGCCGCCGCUGUCGUGGGGGGACGAGACCACUCCCACGAUUCGGUCUCUGUUGUCUCUGUCGCCACUCGCUCCACCCCCCAUGCGGCGGUGGGCCGCCAGCCCGUCUUUACCGGUGAAUCCGGUACGCUGACCUUCCUCAGAGCAGUGGGCUCAUGUGUCGAGGAUGCUGUGCCCUCUCAUACAUUCGCAGCGGGCUGCAGGAAUCAGUACCUCGUGGAAGACAUGCCUCCUAUACAAUGUAGCCACGCCAUGCUGUCCAUUUCUGACGAGGAUCGCAAUGAGCUUGCUCACUUCUACUUGAGCUCCACGACUGGUAUCUUCGACAUGUUUGACAGUGGCGAAGUACUCGAGGCCGUCACGUGCUGGGACUACUCCUCCGUGGAGGAAGUUACAUGUAGUAUGGGGGAUGCAACCACCAGACUCAUCUUGGCCAUCGGCGCCCAAGGGAGAGGUGGUGUUGGCGACAGCGAACUGGGCGAGCAGCUGUUCCUCGAUGCACAAAAGAUGGCCAUGCGCCAUAUGCUGGAACCUUCGACUCUUCCUUUUGUGCAAGUCUCCACGUUGCUAGCCCUAUACUUGUUCUUCGUCUGUCGACGGACCGUAGCGUAUACGCACCUGGGCAUUGCGAUCCGCGCCGCAGAAAACAUCGGUCUCCACCAAUUCGAUGUCAUCUCCAGCUUACCCGAGAAGGACCAAUUGAAGAAUCUCCGAGCGUGGAAAUGUCUUCGCAUCUUGGACCUUUCCAGCUGUGCAUCCCUCGGACGAACUCUGGGAACGCAUAGCUCCGCAGAUGGAGAUUUCUCCAUGCAGGCAUCUUUCUCUCGCAUCGAGCACGGUGCCCUCGCGGCUCAAAUCGACUCUGCGGGUAUGCAGCUCUGCAACAUUGCCGAAACGAUAUUGGUGCAAGUCUAUGAAGUAGACAGUUUGACGACCCAGCUGGCAUAUCAAAUAUCGCAAGAGCUACGAGCUUGGACCCAUCACCUACCAGACAUCUUGGUCCCAGGCACGGGUCGAGAGAUUGAUCUCGAUGCCAACAUGCCUGAAGCUCUGUGCUUGAAUGCACUGACAGGUGCCUACUACUGGACGAUCCAGCUCCUGACGAGGCCAUUUCUUCUUGCGGCUGUGCGGUCAAAACAGCAGCAGCAGCAGCAGCAGCAAAACACAGCCUCUGUUCAAAGCGGACCCAACCCCGACCACCAACCUUUUAUCGACGCCUGCAUCAACUCGGCAUUCCGCUGUCUGGACGUCACGAUCAAGUUGACCCAAUAUCAAUCUUUACCGAAACGGCUCUUUCUCGCAAACAACACCACUUUAGCUUCCGCGCUCGUGCUAGGCUUAGCCUUCUUCGGCGAUUACGACCAACACUUCCCGCUCGAAUCAGGCCUACACAAAGCUUUGAUCUUUCUGCGGCACAUGGAAGUCGAUGCCCAGGCCCAGCAUUAUGCCACGAUCGUAUCGGACCUUCUCGACGCGGGAAAAUGUUAUGUGGAAAAGAGGAGUAAGGAAAAGCUCGAGAGUCGGAGCGUGGAGGUGGAGAUGAUAUUUGGGAGUGUGCACGAGAAGCACGAGGGAAGAAGUAGCCAUGAGAAUCAUAGCAAGGAGGAGUUGUCGUCGUCGUCGUUAUGGUCUGUUGCUCCCGAUGAGCAUCGAGGGAGCAGUGGAGGGGCGUUCAAUACUGGCGAUUGCAUUGGGGCGUUUUGCGGCUGGCAGUUUGAUGGGGAUGGGGUAUCUACAUGAUUUGGUAUUGUUUGGGUACCUGUAGGGAGUUGAACACUCUGUGCAUAAGCUGCGAUAUCCACAGUACACGGACAUUAUUCCCGCCAACUCCUCUCCUUCUGGGCCCGACUUCCAUCUCCUUGGACAUCAUCCUCCCCUUCCUCCUCCUCCUGGACUCCUGCAACUUCAAACAUCGCAUUCCAAUAACAAUAAAGACAACGACAACGACAUGAACAAGAUGACUUCCCGCAGUUGGAACCAGAAUGAUGGCUACGGCGCCUGCGUCAUCGAACGCCUCGAUUUGUAAAUAUAUCUCCAUUCUCGGCCGUCGACAAUCAAAAGGAAACAUAACCAAACCUAAACAACGUCCCGAAAGAAUCAGCUGCACCUGAAUUUCCACCUUCCAAGGAGAAAGAAUGGUUCACUCAAGUCUGCGAACACAUGACCGUUGUUUUGUGCUGCCCUACAGCCUCUUGGCGGUGAAAAGCCGCGCCAACGGUUAUGGUCCCAUGGUCUCAGAUCAACGGUCGGCCAGAAUCGCGUGGCUGUGAGCAAAUUGCACCAUCAAUCCUCCGAAGGGCACUUUUCUUUCAUCUUUCCGACAUGGUGAGGGCAAGACUUCCAAUUGAUGAUUGAGUCGUUGUGCCAAGUUGAUUUGGGCCACUUUCGGCGCCAUGCCAUUCAUAUUCACAUUCAUACUCAUAUUAUCCGGGAAAGACAUGUGGGAUCAAGGUCCAACGGACGCGUUCUGGAGCUAUGCCGUUGUCGAUUUUGCCACUCGCAUGGCUGGACUGACCGCGUAUAACUGGAUCGUUGCAUCGCAUCUUCAACGCUGUUGCCUCCAUGCCAUAGCAACCGCACACCGGUGUGUGUCGUGUGUGUAGUCGGCGAAUCCAUUCUGGGCCAUGGAGGGACUGAUCAGCUGUUGCGCGGUUCUACUUUGGUUUCGCGGCGACCAGAGUUGGCCGUAUAGUCCGAGAUCGAGCAGCUAUUAUUGCCACAGCUGACCUCCUCACUUGGUCGCGAGACCGGUGAUGACCGACUUCGUUUGCGCUCAUUGUCCUACUAUACCUCUCAGCCUGACGGUUGGCACUGGUCUCCAUGACAGCAACAUGCGGUCCCAUGGGCGACUGCACCGCCGAAUUCGAUAUGGCCCUGCGUCCCAUUGUUCACCGGAACCGACGAGUUGACAACGUCGUCUUCACAAUCUUCAUAAAUGGCGAGUCAUCUGCUCCGUAUGCUCUGGAUAAGUCUGCCAUCUGAUUUUUCCCACACUGGUCAUCUUCAACCUCCGGAAUAACUGAGUUUCUAAGCCGAAAACAGUUGACCUGCCACUCGCUCUGCCACUCGUCACAAGCAACGUGGGACGCUCACAAGCGACGCUGACUUUAGUAUCACGUCAGUACAUAUAUCCUCAGUCCCCUCGUUCUGACUGUUGUUACUGCUGCUUGAAUUUACGCUAACAAUGCACAAUUUCAUAUCAUUACUGCCGUUUUCUCUGCUAUCUUUGCUGCAGCUUGCUAGCUCCGCGCCAGUCGAGAAGCUACUGACCCCUCCCGCAGUAGAGGUCGUGGUAAGGGACUAUAAUACUCUCAAUGCAACCACGUGGAAUGGCCUACCAGGGCCGCCCGUCACAGAAUCGACCGACCUAGACAGUAGCAGCAGCAUCAACAACAACGCAGCAUUUGCCGUCAAGGUCCUUCCCGAGGCCACCGCCACAAGCACGAAUGAUAAUGCUACCACAGGCGGCACCGGUCGCCUCAUACCCAAUCCCCUUGCGCGGAUGGUGGCCUCAGCCAACCUCACGUCUAGCAGUGCAUCCAGGCUUCCGCCAGACGCAGAUCCCCUGGCGACGGCUGCGGCCAGUGGCGUGCUCACCCUGAGCAUCGUGAACAAGUGGCCCAGCGAAAAGGUGCAUGUGUACGUUACUGGUCUGGAUCCCAGGGGAGCUCUGGUCAUGCUGGGUCAAGACGGCAGGUAUUUGUAUCCUACCACAUACUCGACGACUCCUGUCGAAGUCACUGGAGACAUUGCGAUUCCCGUGGGCAAGCCGAAUACGACCUUGGCAUUGACCCUCCCCGACUACAUCUCCAGCUCUCGGGUGUGGGUCGUCGACGGCUUCCUGCAGUUCUAUGUCGUGGCCACGCCGAAUGGACCUGGACUGGUCGAGCCCUCGGCCGUGAAUGCUGCUGACCCGAGCUCUCAAAAGAAUUAUGGGUUUGCAGAGUUGUCGUAUGCGGCAUCCUAUGGCAUCUACGCCGACAUCACCGCUGUCGAUUUCGUGGGCUUGCCCUUGGGGAUUGAACUUGAAAGUGCCAACAGUCGGAAGCAAUCGAUCCUCGGCACACCAGCGAACGCCGCCACGACUCUCUGCAACUCCCUGACCGCGCAGUCAAAGAAAGACAACCAACCCUGGGAUCAACUCUGCGUACGCGACUCCAACAACAAGCUCGUCCGAGUUCUCGCCCCUUCCAACCUCAUCUCCCAGCGACCUUCUGCAUUCCGCCAGUACUUUUCCCGCUACAUCAACAACGUGUGGACCAAAUUCUCCCAAGAAGACCUCAUCAUCAACACGCAAACCACCGCCGGAAACGUCACCUGUCGCGUCCGCAACAACCUCCUCCAGUGCGCCGGCGACAACCGCGCCCACACCAAACCCGUCGCCGCCGACAUUUUCGGCUGCGACAGCGGGCCCUUUCUCGUCCAACCCACCGACAACGCCAUCCACCUCGCCGUCAUCCCCCGCUUAUGCGCCGCCUACAACCGCGCGACAUUUUUUCUCACCGGAGGGAAUAUCCAACCGAAUCUCGGACCGGAAGAUUAUUAUCGUAGUCCUCGCGCGGGACCGAAUGUCGGGGGGCCGAAGAAUUGGUAUUCGAAAUUUGUGCAUGAUAUUGAGGCCGAGGGGAGAGGGUAUGCGUUUGCGUAUGAUGAUGUGGCGCCGAGAUAUGAGGUGGAUCAGAGUGGGUUGGUGGCGAGUACGACGCCGAGGUUGUUGAGGAUUAUUGUUGGGGGGACAUAGAAUGGAGGGAGAGGGGGGUUGAAUAGGGAAGAAGAGGAGGUCGGAAUGAUAGAAGGUGGAAAGAGGGGGGAAAGAUACGAAAUAAAGGGGGAAGAGAUGGAUUUCCAGACUUUUCUUUUUGUUUUUUGUUUUUGAUCUUGUUUUUGGGAGGGGCGCGAAGGGCAGAACAGGGCAGGGCGACCUCGUCUUCUUUUCCUUUUUUUUAUUGGUCUUUCAUUCCUUUUCUAUUCUUUCAUUUCUCGCCCUGCAGAGGGAUUGAUGAUGAUGAUGAUUUAUUGAUGGAUGGAUGGACUAUUUUGUGAACGACGUGUCCAUGGACACGAAAG